UUUGACCUUGGUUAAACAGUUUGCCCUCAGCUGGCCUUUCAGGUCUUUGCCGCUGAGUUUCCGUGCGCAGUUAGGAAGGCGCUGACUUUUGCGUAGUUGCAGACAGUUCUUAAGUAUGGCUGCAGCUGUAGGUAGGCGAGCCUUUUGUUAGGCUAAAUUAGCAGAUAUUAACCAAGAGCUAGCAGAGCUAGGUUUGACCGAAGCAGACCGAGCUCAGGUCCGCGAGUACAAUUGGGCGGUAGAGCAAGCCGAACAAGCGUAUCAGGCAGCCAUGGCUCCAGUGGGACUUACCAGGCCUAGCCGUGGCAGCGCGGUAGCAGUUAGCACCUGGCAGGAAGCCCAUCAGCGGGCCAAUUCAAACAGAAACGCUAAACGGAGGCAGGCUCGCGAGACGCACAGGCGCGGUUAUGAGUUGCUAUCACGUUACCAGUCUUGGGAACAGCUUCGCAAUCAGGGGACAGCUCUGCAAGAAGAAUUGGCCGCGCUCCCAGGGCCCAGCAACGCAGCGGCCGGAGCAGCGCCGGCUCACAUCCACAACGCCGAAGCAGAGGCACCGGAGGAAAUUGACAAUGGUGAGAACGGGGCGGAGCAACGGCCAGGAGGGUCCAGGGGCCGGCGGGCAACAGCGGCUCGCGUUCGGGCAGACAGGGGACGGGGGGGCACUCGUGCAGUCCGGGAGGCUUUCCAGGCGACCCCCGGCCGUCAGAUAAGCCACCGGCACGCCACCACUGCUUCACCUAACGCGCCUGACCCCGAGACCUUGGGCGUAACUGGUCACCUAGAUGCUCUUGCUGAAGAUUUCCUUGCCACCCAAGCAACGCCACUGCAGCACACCGGCCCUCCCGCCAUGCCCGGUACGGGGUCGCCGGCAAUCGCAAGGGCAGCGCCGGCGAGGGACGUGGGUGUGGCACCCAGCGCCGUAUCCGUCCCACCGACAGCGGUUGUACGGGCUCUCGAUCGCCUUGAGAACGCGGGCUUGAGCGAUGCAGCUCGCAAAGUACGGCGCCUCGCGAGCCUGGAGCUGGCAAGACGGGAAAUCAGGGAGCCUGUAUCCGCUGACGAGGCAGCGGAAGUCUGGAGGACGGUGCUAGAGCGGCAGCUGGCGGCUCUGCAGGACGAAGAAGACAGCGAACAGCACCAGCCUCAGCGCCAGCAACGGCAGCAGCAGCAAUUGCCGCAAGACCGGCGGCCGGCAGUCGCCACCCUGCAGAACGACCAACGGCACCCUGCCAUAGGGAACGCACGCUGGAGUGCCGGCCUGAACCUACAGGGCCUUCCCGGCAGCAGCAGGCUGCAAGCAUUUGGGGCAGCGUCAGCAGGCCUGGGAGGCCUAGGGGGACUGGGCCUCACGCUGGGGGGCAGUGGCGGGGACUUAAACAGCAACUCUUCAGUGCUGGGCCUCGGCCACCUACCCCUCGGCUCAGCACCGCCGUCCGCUCUGGGCCCCCUGGCGGCAACCGUUCAGCGUGAAGGGGCCUGGGCAGACGUGUUCGACCGCAUCCCAGGCCUCAGCAGCCUGGUCUCGCUGGCGGACGUCAGCUUCGCAUCCCGGGACCAGGCGACCUUCACGCACAAGGCAGACAGUCAUCUCCGCUCCCUGCAGCAUCUCGCGUCCCAGCUGGAAGCGGCCAAACACUGCGCAUCCUCUUCGGAGGAGCUCUCGCUGCUCUUGGCCAAGGCCGCGCAGGUGUGGGAGGAGGCUUUUCGUACACAAGAGGUCCUCCGGCAGGUGCAGAAUGCAGCCCGUGUCCUGCCCUUCAAGGACGUCAUGGACGUAUUCAGCAAGGGCUCUCCCCUCACACAGCAGUUCCUAGCCGCCCUGUCGCAAUUUACGGACAGCCAGCGCCAGCACCUCUUCGGGAAGUUCGCCUCAGCCGCCGCUCCCGCGGCGGCUUACCCGCCGCCCCCGCCUCUUCCACUCCCGCCGGCCCCGGCACAGCCCCGUGCCCCACGCGACAACGGCUGCUUCUACUGCAAGAGGCCCGGACACAGCUACCGCGGCUGCCGAGAGUUGCGGUCGCUGGAACCUGGGGCCCAAACGGCAGCAUUCGCAGAAUGCGCCAAGCAGGAGCAGGCAGCCCGCCGGCCGGCUUAGGACGCGGCAGCGUCAGCUGGGGGCGAGGUCGCCCCGGCGCCAACGGCGCCCCCCCUCCAUCCAGCCGCCGGCAGUACGGCCGGCGGUGGGGCAGCUGACGCAAAUACGGCAGGGAUGGAGACACCAGAAGUUUUGUGGAUGCCUGACUCGGCGGCGGAAACGCCGUCGGCCGGCCGCUGGUUCGGCCCAGGGGGCGUGAAGCUUAAUACGGCCGCGUGGCAGCGUCACGGCAUCGACACGCCUGCGUCCCGUAACGAAGCCAGCUGGACCUUCCACACCACGCCGCCAACCUCGCACCACUUGCGCAACUACCCAUCCGUGCGCGAACACAGCGAAUGGUACGCCAGCCACAUUGACGAGUUACUGCGCCAGGGCCUGGUGGAGGCGUACGACAGCAAGCAGCAUGGCCCCCUGCGCAACUUUGCAGCCACUAUCAACCCACUGCAUGUUGUCAGCAAGGCGGAUGGCAACCUGCGCCCGAUCAUCGACCCUACCGCUUCGGGGGUGAACGACUGCAUGACCAAGCUCCCCUGCCCGCUGCCCGACCUCGCCUCAAUUUUGGAGCAUUUGCCGUUCCAAGGGGCGCUAGGCAAACGGGACCUCGCAUCUGGUUUCCACCACAUCAAGUGCAGCCCGGAAGCACGCCGGUACAUGGCCUUUAGGCAUCCCACCACGGAGGCAGUCCUGCGUUGGGUGGUGCUGCCCUUCGGCGCCAGCCAAUCGCCCCCAAUCUUUGUGGAGUUAACCAACGCCGCGUGUGCCAUCUUCCAAGCGGAGUGCGACCGGCGGGGGCUACGGGUCAAGCUCUUCUGCUUCGUCGACGACUACAUCAUCCUAGGGGUGACCCAUGCAGACGUCGUUGGCGCCUUCGCGGUCAUGGACGAAAUAGGUGGCGAGCUGGGGCUGGAGUGGAAGACCAGCAAGGACCGCGGACGAAACGAGCACCUGCGGCAGCUCGACUUCCUGGGUAUGCUGUUCGACACCGAGAAGAUGGAGAUUGCGCAUCUCGCCGGACAAGCGGCAGCGCUACGCGGCGGACGUGCGCGCCCUCCUGGACGCGGCAGCUACCGGACCAGUGCAGCGGCACCUCCUGGAGUCCACCGUCGGCCGCUUAACGUUCAUAGCCCGGGCAUGCCGCUGGGGUUUCACGUUCAUGCAGGGCCUCUACGACAGCCUCUUCUGCCCCACCCGCCCGCCGGCCACUGUCGGCCUGGCGGCGGACGCAGUAGAAGACCUGGCUUUCUGGUGGCAGGUGCUACGGGCGGAUUCCUCUGUCUGGGACGGGGUAAAGCGCUCAGCGGGCAUCGGUUUGGACCUAGUGAGGGGGGAGUUUAUCGGCCAGGAUGGGGCCGUCCUCUUCACGGACGCUAGUGGGCGUGGGUUUGGC